AUGAUAGCACAGCAGCCGCUGCUGCAGCAGCUGUUGCUGCUCUGGGGGCCUGCUCUGCUGUUACUCUCGUCCUCUUUUCAUGUACUUUUGCUGCAGAUGCCUUAUACGGAAGCAUCCUCCCUUCAAGUUUGCAACUGCACCGCUUACUCGCGUACAUGCUUCACAAGAGCCCAACCAACUUGCCUUGCCUUCACAAGCCUGCUGCCGCAAGCUCUGCAUACACCCAUCGGUGGCAACAGCAGCAACAACAGCAGCAGCUGUCUUUUCUCCCGAGGUCGCUUCAGGCUACACCCGCGCCUGCGUGUGCGUCGCUUGUCCAGAGACAGCGGCAGCAGCCACGUACUUGAGUUAUCUCGGCAGCGGCUGCUGCUCCAGCGAGAGGGAGACCUCGAGAAAUACCUGAAUCUGCCGAUGCUGCCAUUUCCUGCAGAAGGAGAGGUUCACUCUCAGCGGAAAAGGGCAAAGGAGCCUUCUCCAGGGGGCCCGCUUCCCGGGCCCCUGCUGCUUUAUAGGCAGGCUAAGCAGCUCCUGAAAAAGCACAGCGGUACCAGGAACAACAGACGGGUGCUGCUGUUGCGAGACAGGCUUUCGCUGCUGCGGCAGCAGCAACAGAAGCAUUUAGUGGAUUCUCCAGAGUCUUCAGUUGCGCUGCUUAGGAGGCUUUGGGACAUACCGACAGACUCAAAGCACAUGCCGCUGCAAGCGCGGCAGCAGCAAGACAAGCACUAUGAGAAGGAGAACUUGAAGCUUCAGGAGCGGCGUACCAGGCCGUUGGGGAGCCGCUUUCUCUACAUUUGUGGCAUUGACUUGAGAGUCACAGGCACAGAUCUUGAAAACAUCUUCCAAACAAUUACGGAGCACCCCGUCUAUGCGAGGCUGCCAAGGAACAGAGAAGGUCGCCAUUUGGGCUUCGGCACUCUUGAGUUUGGCUCAACCCUAGAUGCGACGCAGUGCCUGCUACAGCUUAAUGGCAUCAAAAUCGGAAAUAGCACAAUCAGACUGGGAGAGGCAUUCGCUGCUUCGAGGAACCCUCACCGGUUGAAUCCGGAGCCGACACACCACCAACAAGUGGGACAAAGGGGAGAAGAGAGUACGGGCAAUAUGCGGCGCAAAAGGUCAAGGUACAUACACCCCUAUCCUCUUCCUUGCGGAUGA